GGGUGGGAGGUGGGGCUCUGGAGGGCCUUGAUACUGAGAGAUCAGGCUGUGCUGCGGUCAGCCCGUAAGAAGGCCGGGAAGAUGGCGGCCUCCUGGAGGCUCGGCUGUGACCCGCGGCUGUUACGCUGCCUCCUGGGCUUCGCGGGCCGCCGAAGCGUUGGGCUGGUCAAGGGGACUACUGGAUGGUCUGUCGGCCGCGCAGUUAGUUGGAAAUGGCUGCACAGCACGCGGUGGCUUCGGAUUGACCCCAUUAAGAUACUAAUGCCAUCACUAUCUCCUACAAUGGAAGAAGGAAACAUUGUGAAGUGGCUGAAAAAAGAAGGUGAAGCUGUCAGUGCUGGUGAUGCAUUAUGUGAAAUUGAGACUGACAAAGCUGUGGUGACCUUAGAUGCGAGCGAUGAUGGUGUCUUGGCCAAAAUAGUGGUUGAAGAAGGAAGUAAAAAUAUACGACUAGGUUCGCUAAUUGGUUUGAUGGUUCAAGAAGGAGAAGAUUGGAAAAAUGUUGAAAUUCCCAAAGAUGCGGGUCCUCCAUCACCAGCUCCAAAACCAUCAGUGCCGGGCCCGGUAGCAGAGCCACAGAUUUCUAUCCCUGUCAAGAAGGAACACACGCCUGGGACACCACUGUUCCGUUUAAGUCCAGCUGCCCGCAAUAUUCUGGAAAAACACGCACUGGAUGCCAGCCAGGGCACAGCUACUGGCCCUCGGGGGAUAUUCACCAAAGAGGAUGCUCUCAAACUGGUCCAGUUGAAACAGAUGGGCAAGAUCACUGAGUCCAGACCUGCUGCAGCCCCUGUAGCCACUCCCACAGCACCUUCACCUUCACCUCCACAGGCCACAGCUGGGCCAUCGUAUCCCCGGCCAGUGAUCCCACCAGUGUCAGUUCCUGGACAACCUAAUGCAGUGGGCACAUUCACCGAAAUCCCUGCUAGCAAUAUUCGAAGAGUUAUUGCCAAGAGGUUAACUGAAUCUAAAAGUACUGUGCCUCAUGCAUAUGCUACUGCUGACUGUGACGUUGGAGCUGUUUUAAAAGUUAGGAAAGAUCUGGUUAAAGAUGACAUUAAAGUAUCAGUAAAUGAUUUUAUCAUCAAGGCAGCAGCUGUUACCCUUAAACAAAUGCCAGAUGUUAAUGUAAGCUGGGAUGGAGAGGGCCCCAAGCAGCUUCCCUGUAUUGACAUUUCAGUGGCUGUGGCAACAGAUAAAGGUUUAAUUACACCAAUCAUAAAAGAUGCUGCUUCCAAGGGUAUACAGGAAAUUGCUGACUCUGUAAAGGCACUUUCAAAGAAAGCAAGAGAUGGAAAAUUGUUACCUGAAGAAUAUCAAGGAGGAUCUUUUAGUAUUUCCAACCUGGGGAUGUUUGGCAUCGAUGAAUUUACUGCCGUAAUCAACCCACCUCAGGCCUGCAUCUUGGCUGUUGGGAGAUUUCGACCUGUGCUGAAGCUCACUGAGGAUGAAGAGGGGAAUGCCAAACUGCAGCAGCACCAGCUUAUAACAGUCACAAUGUCAAGUGACAGUCGGGUGGUCGAUAAUGAACUGGCAACCAGAUUUCUUGAAAGUUUUAAAGCAAACCUAGAGAAUCCUAUCCGACUUGCCUAGUCCUCAAAGAUGAGAAGGUGGUCUUUAGCUUACUUAACUCAGUAGCUAUUACCAAGAAAUGUACAUUACAGGGAAACAACUAGGUAUUUAAGUAUAAAGGGGGUGAAAUGUUCUUUUAUUUAAAGUGCAAGCAUUUGACCCAAGUUGUCUUCAUUUUCAGUUUUGGUUUAAUGUUGUAGGAAUAAAUGGUAAUAAACUAAUAAAAGAAAGAACAUUUGGUUAGUCAGAUCCAUUUUUAACCUUUGGUGCUUUACAAAAGGGGUAUUAAAAACUAGAUGUAAGGGCUGGGCGUGGUGGCUCACACCUGUAAUCCUAGCACUCUGGGAGGCCGAGGCAGGUGGAUUGCUGAAGCUCACCAGUUUGAGACCAGCCUGAGCAAGAGUGAGCCCUUGUCUCUAAAAAAUAGCCUGCCAUUGUGGCAGGCACCUGUAGUCCCAGCUACGUGGUAGGCUGAGGCAAGAGGAUCACUUGAGCCCAAGAGUUUGAAGUUGCCAUGAGCAAAGACGUGAUGGCAAUCUUUCUAGGGCCACAAAGUGAGACUCUGUCUCAAAAAAAUAAAAACUAGAUGUAAAUUAAAUUAUAUAUUUGGCUCAUUUGAGCAUUUUAGAAUAUUUAAGAAUGUAUGAUACUUUGUAAAAUCAAAAAUUGUUAAAACUAUCUAAAUUGAGUCAAAGUUAGAAGUGGUUUUCAGAGGGAGAUGCCCAUCGACUUAGCAAUGAGACCUCACUUAUGGGCACUGCUCUAGAUGUACUUGAACAGUUUAAUAUGUAUAGUUCUGAAUAAUAGUAAAUAAAUAUCAUACUGUAUUGGGGGUUGUGGCAACAUUAUUGAAUUUUUUAUGUAUAUAAAGCUGUAUGUUUUCGAGUGGUUUCUAUCAUUCUUAUAUUUCACUUCUAUAACACUGUGAACUUCUAAAGAAUAGAAGAAUAGAAUAAAAGAAGCAAGAAUGGAGAGAGAGAUGCUUCAAAAGUUGUGUGCUUUAAUGAAAAGCUAUAGCUAAAAUCCAUAAACCUUCUGAAAUAAACUGCUUACCUUCA